AAUAACCACUUUAUGAAAACAUCGAAAAUUGGUUAUUUAUUAAAUAACCAGUUUCUACACACGCCGAAAAUUGGUUAUUUAUUAAAUAACCAGUUUCUGCGCACGCGAAAAAAGGGUUAUUUAUAAAUAACCAGUUUCCGCGCACGCGGAAAAAUGGUUAUUUAUAAAUAACCAAAAUAAUUUCGAGACACUUGGCGUGCCAAAUGACGUCAGCAAGCAAUAAAAUAAUUUUCUCAGUCCCCCCCUGGAUAAGCACUCAUUUCCGCACUGUCGCGUUAUUGAAAUUAGAUCGCUUGUCGCGAAAAAUUUCAUUUUGUCUGUAAGUUUCCCGCUCGGCGUGUUUUCUAUUUGUCUUUUUUGUCAAAUAAAUAUGUCUCAAACGCACAAUCUCCAAAGAGCAAUUAUCGAGGCCGUAGGAAGAGCAGUACACGAGGCACUGCGAGAUCAACAUGAAGAGUCCUCUGAUGCAGCUACUGCCCACGAAAAUAAUAAUUAACCACAGGUAACAUUCUAGUGUAUAUGGGUGCAUCCAAGUGAAAAACAUCGUUAAAUUUUGAUAAAUUUAUAACUUUGCCAGAAUUCCAACUCAAAUGAUGAAAAUGAGGGUAACAAUUCAGGAAGAGUUGGUCGACCAAAGAAAAUAAUUCCAAGGGAUGUAUUGGAAAAUUUGCUUCAGUUACGACUUACGAUUGUGGAAAUUGCCAGACAGUUGAAAGUCGACAGGUCAGUGGUCUACAAAGCAAUGUCGGAUUAUGGGUUGUAUCGAGAAAACUUUUCACAAUUGUCACAAGACGAAAUAGAGAAAGAAGUGGACGCCAUUAAACAAAAUCAUCCUAAGGAUGGCGAGGUCAUGGUUCAAGGGUACCUUGAAUCUAGGGGUCUUUACAUUCAGCGACAAAAAGUGAGAAAAGCCAUUCAUAUGGUUGAUCCAUUAGGUGUCGAAGAGAGAAAAAGUAAACCAAUAAAGCGUCGCAUUUAUACUAAUCCUUUUCCCAACUAUAUUUGGCAUAUUGAUGGGAACCAUAAACUUGUUAAAUGGAGACUUGUCAUACACCAUGGUAUCGAUGGUUUUAGUCGAUUAGUGGUAUUUGCACAUUGUUCUUCAAACAAUCGAGCAACUACUGUUCUAUAUCACUUCUUAUGUGCUGUCUCGAAGUAUGGGCGUCCUUAUAGAAUUUGUACCGAUCUUGUUGGCGAAAAUGUUGACAUCUGGCACAACAUGAUUUUAACACGAGGCAAUGAAACUAAGCCGGUUGUUGUAGGGAAUUCAGUGCACAAUCAGAGAAUCGAAAGGCAUAACAGAGCACUAAAUGAACAAGUUCUAACAAGUUUUAGAUCUGAAUUUUAUGCACUUGAAAGUGAAGGUGUAUUGAAUGUCAAUAAUGACACUGAUAUAUUUUGCCUCCAUUCAGUGUAUCUGCCACGAAUCAACAAAAUCCUUGACGAGUUUGUUGCUGCUCACAACAGCCAUAAAAUAUCUACAGAAGGAAACAAAACACCUGAACAAUUGUUUUGGGUUAACAUUAGAAAUGCAUACCAUGAAGAUGAUAUGCUACCAAACACAAGCAAUCUUGACAUUGAAGAACUAGCGUCAAGUGAUUUACCUCACGUCAAUGUACCAGUUAUAUCAUGCCCUUUGCAAGGUGACUUACAGUUGCAAAAUUUUAGUACAUUCAUUCAAUCUCUUUCGGCAGUGAGCGGAAAAGCAGCAUACCUUGAGGCUGUUCGUUUCUUGGGACAGUCAAUGCUUGAUGAGCAGAACCCUGAAGAUUUGCAUGCACAAUAG